CGUCUGAAAUGGGAAAAUGUAGGGUUUGUCCUUAAAGCUGACGUCAGGUCUGUCUUUAAGGAAAAAAGGAGCUAAGGAGUGAGACAAAAGCUCUUAUCUGACUCCACGCAUGUAUCGCUUCAGGGACACCUUCCGAUUCCUGCGCCGGGGUGACUUUUGCACUAAUAGUGAUCUGCGUGUGGCUUCAAUCAAUGCAUUUAAUGCGGGCGAUCAGUGAUGAGGUGGCUCAUACCCUGGAUUCUAGCAGCAAGCAGCGUUUGCCAGAUACUUUCGCAAAACACGACUACAAUACCACCUCCCACGGCGGCCACGGAAGAAUACGUACGGGUGCAGUAUUGUAAAUGGCCGUGUGACUGUCCCCAGGUCGCCCCUGUUUGUCCAGCAGGAGUCAGCCUGGUGACAGACGGAUGCGAUUGCUGCAGAGCAUGCGCUAAACAGCUGGGAGAGAAUUGCACUGAAGCUGACACGUGUGAUCCUCACAAAGGACUGUACUGUGACUACAGCAGGGACAGUCCUAGGUACGAAGUGGGUGUAUGUGGACAAAUGACCGGGGUCGGAUGUGUCCUCAAUGGAGUUCGAUACGUCAACGGGCAGAGCUUUCAACCCAACUGCAAAUUUAACUGCACUUGUCUGAACGGGGAUGUUGGAUGCGUCCCUCUCUGCUUAAACUCAAGACCACCUCUAGUUUGGUGUCAAAACCCGAAACGUGUUAAAAUGGCUGGGAAAUGCUGUGAACAAUGGAUAUGCGAUGAUUCAAGAAGAUUCAGGAAGCCAUCCCCCCGACACGUGGCUUCUCCAGCCUAUGGUGGUGAAAGCGAGUCAUGGCACAACAAUUGCAUCAUCCAAACCACCCCAUGGAGCACAUGCUCCAAAACAUGCGGAAUGGGAAUAUCUACCCGGAUCUCCAACGACAAUGACAAGUGCAAGCUGGUCAAGGAACGUCGCCUGUGUAACAUGAGACCUUGCGAAGUGGACAUUACCAAACAUAUAAGGCCUGGUAAGAAGUGUCUGGGGGUCUACAGAGAAGAAGAACAAAAGAACUUCACCAUUUCUGGUUGUGUCAGCAAGAAUUCUUACAGACCCAAGUACUGUGGGGUCUGCACUGAUGGCCGAUGCUGUACACCCUACAAAUCGAAGACCAUUCAAGUCAGGUUCGAAUGCCCCGACAGAACUGGAUUCUCUUGGAACGUCAUGUGGAUCAAUGCUUGUUUUUGUAACCUUAGCUGCAGGAAGCCAAAUGACAUUUUUGCAGAUCUGGAGAAUUACCACGACUAUACUGAGAUUGUCAACUGAAGGAGAUAAAAAACAGAAACAUAUUUUAAUAUCAUAAUGCAAAAUACCCAGUGAACGUCACCGGCUACAAAUGACGUUCUCCUUGGUGCUAUGUUCUAUUGUGAAGUUGUUGAAACAGGUGCUAAAUUUAGUACACAUUUUAUAGUAUUUCUUAAAAUAUCAGAUAGCAGGCCAUUUGAAGGAAAAGUUAGGGUGGUAGAUUAGCGGAACAGCCUCCCAGCAGAAGUGGUAGAGGUUAAACAUGCAUGGGAUAGACAUACGGCUCCUGAAUCCAAUCCUUUAAAGAAGAUAAUUCAUGAUGUUUGUAUAUUGUUCCAGAUAUCGCUUAAUUUUUUCUUUGGAGAAUAAAUGAAACCAGAUUUUUUACAUUAUUUUAUCUUAAUUUAAAGAGCAGUUAUUUACCAGUUGGUAUUAAAUCAGAUUUCACAUUUCCAACUUCUUCCGUUUCAUGGUUUAGCACAUUAUGGAACUUUCAGGUUAAAAAAGAAGAUUAUAUGGAUGUAAGAAUCUCAUUUUAUUUGUGUGUAACGGGAGCAGCCGUCUUCACUCGUUUCCAGAAUCUUCAAAUUAUAAUAAAGUUUAUUUUUUUAAAACAA